AUGAAGCUCUUCGUUACAGGUGGCACAGGUUUUAUCGGGACUGGUUUUGUAAAGGAAGCUGUUGCCAAUGGACAUCAAAUACUUGGACUUGCCAGAUCGGACGAUUCAGCUGUAGCACUCGAAGCUGCUGGAGCAGAAGUUAUUCGCGGAGACUUGGAAGAUCUUGAUGUAUUAAGAGAAGGUUCAAAGGAAUCGGAGGGAGUAGUUCAUCUUGGCUUCAUCCAUGAUUUUGCAAACUAUCAAAAUUCUAUGGAAAUAGACCGAAGAGCUGUAAAGGCUAUGCUUGAGAUUCUAGAGGGCACUGAUAAGUUCUUUGCCAACACGGGCGGUCUCCUUUCAUUUCCUACUAAAAAUGGAGAGGUCGCUGAUGAGUCCACCAAAAUAGCAUAUGAGGAUGGUGCCUCUCUGAUUCGUAAGCUUACAGAACGGCUCGCGUUGUCCUACAUCGACAAGGGAGUGCGAGUUGUGUCUGUGAGGUUAGCUCCUACAGUUCAUGGUAAGGGUGAUCAUGCUUUUAUCCCUCGUUUAUUGGACAACGCAAAGAAUAAUAGCAAGUCUUAUUAUGUUGGUGAUGGCGAUAAUGUGUGGCCAGCAGUACAUCGUGAUGAUGCUGCAGUGCUUUACAGGUUGGCUGCAGAAAAGGCGCCUGCAGGGUCCACACUUCAUGCUGCAGCAGAAGUGGUCUCAACCAAGAAAAUUGCAAUGGCAAUUUCAAAAGCUGCAAGUGUCCCUGUUGGCUCAAUUAGCUCAAAUCAGGCGACAGAAAAAUUGGGAUUCCUUGGAACCUUUUUUCAGGUAAACGCCGACGUAUCGAGCGAAAAAACCAAAAAUCUUUUGGGAUGGGCUCCAACUGGACUUGACCUCUUAUCUGACAUUAAUGAGAACUACUAG